UCUGUUGCACUUGCCUGCGGUGCUGGAGCAAGAGACAAACAGAACAGAAAAUCAGACAGAAAAGCAAGAGAGAAGCACCUCUUACUUCAUAUGACCAUUUGGAUUUGGCCGCCAUGGUGAAACAGCGACGGGCUAGAGCGCGUUCCUGUUGCGCAGCUGUUGCGCCUUGUGGCCGAAGAGGAGGAUCACUGAAGACUUUGAAAGAGCCGGCCAUCUUCGCCAGCGAGACCAGCUGUGACUGUCGCGCCCCUCAUGAGAAACUCAGCAUCGCUCAGGCCCGCAGAGGCACCCCAGUGGACCGGCCUGUCAGAGUGUACGCAGAUGGUAUCUUUGACCUGUUCCACUCUGGACACGCUCGCGCUCUCAUGCAGGCCAAGAACCUCUUCCCCAACACCUACCUCAUAGUAGGAGUGUGCAGUGACGAGCUGACCCAUAAGUACAAGGGUUUCACGGUCAUGACGGAGAUCGAACGCUACGAAGCGCUGAGACACUGCCGCUACGUGGACGAGAUCCUGAGAGACGCACCCUGGACUCUCACACCCGAGUUCCUGGAGAAACACAAGAUCGAUUUUGUGGCUCAUGAUGACAUCCCAUACUCCUCAGCAGGAAGUGAGGACGUUUAUAAACACAUCAAGGAGGCAGGGAUGUUUGUGCCUACACAACGGACAGAGGGAAUCUCAACAUCUGACUUAAUUACCAGGAUUGUCAGAGACUACGACGUCUACGCCCGACGCAACCUCCAGCGUGGCUACACGGCCAAGGAGCUCAAUGUCAGCUACAUCAACGAGAAGAAGUACCGGCUGCAGAACCAAGUGGAUCGGAUGAAAGAGAAGGUUCGCACGGUUGAGGAGAAGAGCAAACAUUUUGUUUACCGCGUGGAGGAGAAGAGCCACGACCUCAUUCAGAAAUGGGAAGAGAAAUCCAGAGAGUUUAUUGGCAACUUCUUAGAACUCUUUGGACCCGAUGGGACUUGGAAACAAGUGUUUCAGGAACGCAGUGGACGAAUGCUGUCCUAUGCUCUGUCCCCACGAGAGUCGCCCUGCAACAGUCCUCCCCGUGAACUGUCCCCCCUGCGCUCUCCGUCACCCCCGUCUCCCCCUGCCCGCUGGCACAAUGCACGGCCCUCACCCCCGACCUCCCCUAAAGGAGCAUCUGCCUCUAUGAGUAGCAUGAGUGAAGGUGAUGAAGAUGAGAAGUAGAUGGACUGUUAAACACACACACACACACACACAUGCACACACUCACGCACACACUCCUGCAAGCACUGGCUGGAACUGAAACGGUUCUCCUCGAGGAAGUUGGUAAUGUACAAGGCAUCAUGGGAAAUGAGGUUCUGUGCCGCAGAGCUAAGAAGCCAUCGCUGUCUCUGUUGUCUGGGCACCCAGGCAGACAGAAAAAGGACAAAGGAAGAGAAGGAUCAGGAUUUACAUACACAUUGUCACAUACUGUAAGACGGAUUCACUUCGGACUGAUAGAGACUGUGCAACAGCCUGCUCAUCACAUCAUCUCAAUGUUUUACUGUCCUUUUCUGUUUAGUUUAGCAUUUUCUUUCGGUGAUGCCAAGAUUUCUUGUAACUACUGUGACCACCACAUGAAUGGGCACAAAGUUACCAACAGAAACUGGAUUCAUUCAUCACCGUGUAAUUUUGUGCUUGUUGAACUGAGAGUCAGGAAGACUCUGCACACCCGAGUGCUGGACGACCUCUUGGCACCGCAAACACGGAGUCUGUGUUUUAUCACAAAUGAUGGACAAGGAAUAUAAAAUUCAGUGGCUCACAAGCCUUGAUUCACUCAUUCCCACACUACAGUUAAUACCACUUAGCUAUAAAGACAAAUUAAACAUAAUCCCCUAGAAAAAUAUUAAAAUUAGCCUGGGGGGAAACAGCAGCCAGUACGCCCGUCUACAGUCUAUAAAUGGGGCAAAAAAAGGACUGCAUCACCUCAACUGUCCCCCUUUGUUUGAAAUCACACAAUAUAAUUAUAGUCUUAAAGCUCAGGUCUUACAUGGAAUGGGCCCCUUCAUGAUUUGAGUCCCGAACUGCUCCUAAUCUGUAAAAUGCCUGCUGGAUAGUCCCAAAAAACACAGACUGUGAUGCGACAGAACGAAACAGCCUUGAUUUGUGAGCUUCUUGAAUGUAAGUCUCUGACACCAAAUAUUAUCACUCCUAAUUUUUCUCGCAUGCGUUUACAAACACUCAAAUCCUUCAUCACCAGUCGCUCAGUGAAGGUCACAGCUCACGAUAAUCGAUGAGUAGAAACAUUCGUGGAUUUCCAGCAUGAAAAAGCCAUGUGUUUUUGUUUGGGUUUUUUCUGAAAAUUUUCCAUGUUAAUUAACGUAAAGGAGAUGAUGUCAGCUGUUAAACCUGGCAAACUUGGAGAUAAAAGCAGCCUUUCUCCAGGACUCUGAUGAUACUUGAAAUAUAUAAUAACUGAAGCCCUCCAGGUGAGCUGUUAGGCCCUCAAAAGCCAGAUCAUCACACUAAUAUUUUAUUUGCUGUUAAUGAAAACUUCUUUUUUUAUUUUUCUUCUUUUUUGCUCAGGUCUGCUCGCUCAUGCCGGGCCAGAGCAGACCUCUCUUCCACCCCAACAGUACAAUAAAUACCCUAAUGCAAUGUAGAGACCUUUAUGUCCUUGUACACACUACAUGUUAAUGUGCACUAUACGUACAAACUUGGGGAAUGUGUGUCUUUUUUAAUGUUCGAAACAGCCUGAUAUGUAAAUAAAUCCAAACUCUGUAGCUGAAUGUGAAU